GGUGGCUCGAGUACCCCCAAUAGUUGAAUUGCGGCAAGUGGGGAGCUCCAUCACAUUAAGAACCCUAUAUACAUGGACGCUUCGGAUACCCUCGUCACCAAAAUCAUUUCUUCGCCGCCGCAGCAGCAGGAACCUGACCCUAAAAAGCUCAAAAUGUCUACCACCAACACGUCUGACGACGAAGACGCCGUCGCCACGACAACCGACACCAAAAAACGGAGAUACAAACGCCGCAAAAUCGCCAUGUUCUUUGCCUACUGCGGUGUCGGUUAUCAAGGAAUGCAAAAAAACCCAGGAGCCAAAACCAUCGAAGGUGACCUCGAAGAAGCACUGUUACAAUGCGGCGCUGUCCCCGAGCAAGAUCGUGGUAACCCAAAACAUUACGACUGGGCUCGAUCGGCCCGAACCGAUAAGGGCGUUAGCGCCGUGGGCCAAGUCAUUUCUGGGCGGUUCUACAUAGACCCGCCUGGCCUCGUUGAGCGCCUUAAUCAAAUACUUCCGACCCAGAUUCGGAUAUUCGGGUAUAAGCGUGCGACGGCAUCUUUUAAUGCAAAGAAGUUUUGUGAUCGACGGCGGUAUGUUUAUCUUAUCCCUAUUUUUGCUCUUGAUCCUUGUUGUCAUCGAGAUAGGGAAAGUGUUAUGGCUACUGUAGGGUCCGGUAAUGAGCUUGUUAAGUGCUUGGAAUGUUCUGAAAGAGGUCGUAAAGUCAUAGGUGUUAUGGGCAAGCGUAGUUUUGAAACUAAGUCGACUGUAGUUCAGUCCGGCAUUUCAUCGAACAGUGAAGAUGCAGAAAAUGCAACCAAGGAAGAUAACCUCAUGUCCGAUCUUAAAGUGGAAGUUACUGAAAUGGAUGAUUCUGGGGUUGAGGAAGAUAAGGUUUAUGUAGUCAAGUCGACAGUAGUUCAAUCUGACAUUUCAUCGAACAUUGCAGAUGCAGAAAACGCAAUUAUGGGAGAUAAACUAACAUCUGAGCUGAAGGAGGAGGUUACUGAAAUGGAUGAUUCUGGGGUAGUGGGAAAUGAAGUUAUUGCAGCCAAGUCGACUAUUGUUCAGCCUGACAUUUCGUCGAACAUUGGAGAUGGUGAAAAUACAAUUAAGGAAGAUAACCUGACUUCUGAACUGAAUGAGGAAGUUGCCGAAAUGGAUGAUUCUGGGUUUGUGGAAGAUAAAGUUGAUGUAGAAAAGAAAGAGGAAAGAAAGUUAUGUUACGGUGAGGAAGAGAAGGAGAGGUUCAAUAAAAUAUUGAAUCACUAUGUUGGGUCUCACAACUUCCAUAACUUCACUACAAGGAUGAAAGCUGAAGAUCCUGCUGCACAUCGAUAUAUUGUUUCAUUUCAUGCGAACAAAGUUGUUACCGUGGAGGGCAUUGAUUUUGUCAAGUGUGAGGUUGUGGGUCAGAGCUUCAUGCUUCAUCAGAUCCGAAAGAUGAUUGGUAUGGCAGUUGCUGUCAUGAGGAAUUGCGCUCCCGAGUCUCUGAUUGAAACUGCAUUGCGAAAGGAUGUACACAUCAACGUACCGACUGCACCUGAGGUUGGUUUGUACUUGGAUGAGUGCCUGUUUUCGUCUUAUAACCAAAAAUGGAAAGAUAGUCAUGCAGAAUUGUCUAUGAAAGCAUAUGAAGAAGAGGCAGAGGAAUUCAAAAUGAAGUUUAUAUACUCUCAUAUCGCCUCCACGGAGCGUGAGGAAGGAACCGUUGGCCUAUGGUUGCAUUCUCUAAACCACAGAAACAAUCCCGAUUUACGGGCCUGCAGCGGAGACACAAUCGAAGAGAAGAAGAGUUCAAAGGUUGAUGACGGUGCAGAUACCAUUGAAGAGAAAAGUAACAUGGGGGAGAAAAGCGGAGACAUACAGAGUGUGAGAGAGUAGAAUCUUUACGAUACGCAUAGUCUCGAUGAAAAUCUAACUAUUUUACAUAAUUUUUAUCAAGUUAUAGUUGAAUGAUGUUUCUGUUUCAUUUGGAACUCGGUGUUUUGAUUUUUUUAACUACCAACGUUUAGCGAGAUCAGGUUUAAAUUUGGAGAUUUUCCGAUCAU